GAUUCUUUAACUGAGAUUCCUUGGCUCACUUCUUUUGGAUAAUACACGUUAGAGUAGAUGAUUCUGGAUUGCCCUUUUAUUUUAAGGUCAGUCUUAGUCUGUCAAGUUCGUUUUAACAAUUCUAACGUUUCCACUCGCUGGAAUGAUUUUGCAGCUUUGCAUUUAAUUUACGCCAAGUUCUAGCCUGCGCUCUGCCUUUGCUCGAAAGACAAUUUGUAGGUUUAAUUCAAAAUGUGCAGCUAUAAUUCUGAAUUCGCCACUGGCUGCUCAGCAGGCCAGGCGGUGACAGCCAGCUUUCGGAGAAGAUGGGCAGAGUUGUUUCGUAAUGAAAAAUGAUUCGAAGCGGCGAAGAAGAUCAGUGACGAACAGUCUUUUUUCGUCGCGGGUGGCGAAACGUUAAAAAACGUACGUUCGAAGAAGAGGGUUAAGCAUAGGGGCGCAUUUAAAUGGGUGUGUGACGGAAGGGCAGCCUAUAAUUUAUAACUAAUUUCAGGCGAACGCCACAAAAAUUCACAAUCCGCAGAAAAAAGUCAGCAAGGAAACUUCAAUGUUAAUGUUACUGAUGUCACUCUGGCAAUCUUUAAUUUUAUGACUCUUGCAGUUAGUGUUCGGAAAACACUUUCCUGUUAGUCCGCGAAGUCGCAGAGAAAACAAUGACCAUUGGAAAGAGCUCCAGGAAGUCCGCCAAAUCCCCCAAGUUCCUGGACCGGGCCAGUGGCUUCUACGGGCGCCUGGAUGACACGAAGGCUGAGACAGCCGGAGGGGAUGUGCUGAUGGAACAGAAUCAUGAGCGGGAGAGGACGGGAAAGAGAAAUCUGCAAAAUCUGCAAGGGGGACGGCGCCGCUUGUCCGGCGAGCCCAGCGUCUUCGAUUUCGAUGGUGGCGUGAUGGAGGAUGACGGGAAGGCCUCGCUGCUGAGGAAGAAGCCGAGCCGCGACGGCGGCCGCUGGAGGAGGAGGAGGAGCAGCUCCGGGAAGCGGGUGGACGGCCAGUCAGAGGUUCUUCCUGCCAGCAAGGAGAACCAGAUUCCAGCCUCUGCUAGAGAAGCGUUGUCCCCGCUGUCCAUCCCUGCGGAGGAAGAGAGUCAUUCCAGUCCUGCGCAGAUACACUUUUCCAUCGGGGAAGAUGGAGACGAUCAGGCUCCCAUCUGGAAGAAGAAAAGAGGAAAAGAACUGGAUGUCCAGCAUGGAGAGGAAGUGAAACUGGGAAAGAGAAGCACCCUACGCAGCUACAGACGGGCCAUUGACCGAGCGUUCCGCAGAGGUUGGGAGACUUUUAUUGCCAAUCUGAAUAGCGUGACCCUCGCACCCAUCUCAUCUUCAUCCUCACACUCAUCGUCGCCAGCAGGAUUUCAUCAAAACUCGGCAAUUGCCGAGUACCGAUAGGAUCAAGCACACAGAGGACCCUGGACACCUCACAUCUGCAUAUUCUGAUAUUAAUAGAUGAUACAUUCAUAGUGACAUAUUUAUUUUAUUUACAGAUGAGUUUUGCACAUGAAUGUAACAAUUUUUUCAGAAUUAAAUCGUGUUUCGUGUAAUUUAUAGCUACAAAAUUUAAAGACUGUUCUGUGAUUAUGCUAAUUCUGAACACUAUUCAGACAUGCGCAGUGACAGAUCGACCCCUGUUCAUGCUCAGUUUCCAUACUUUUUAAUACACACAUCACAAAUAACCUUGUGCAUCAUGACGUUACUACUGAGUGUCAGGUUUUACUGAUUCUUACAGGUGUCUCAGCAUAAAUCCAGGAUGUACUUCUAUGACUAAGAAGGUUUCAUGUUAUACAUCUGAGUCCUUGAAUUUGAACCUCUUAUGAGAAUCCCUGUCACACCGCCCUGGAAUGGAACAUUGCCUGAAAACCAAGAUGGGACAUAUGCUGUAAAACUGUAAAUAAAUUUGUUUUA